AUGCCAAAUUCUAUAGGUGUUUUUAUCAAGAACUUCUCCAAAAUUGCACACCCCAUAUGCAAGCUUUUGGAGAAGGAGGUGCAAUUUUUCUUUGAUGAGGCAUGUCUCAGAGCCUUUGAAUGCCUAAAGGAGAAGCUGAUUUCUGCACCAAUGAUCAUUGGCCCAGAUUGGGCAGAACCAUUUGAGGAACUACUGGCGGUGGUGUAUGCUUUCGAAAAAUUCAGAGCUUACUCGCUGGGCACUAAAGUGAUAGUCCAUAUGGACCAUGCAGCUCUGAGAUACCUCAUGGCAAAGAAGGAUGUGAAACCAAAGUUGAUCAGAUGGGUGUCACUUCUUCAAGAGUUUGAUUUUGAGGUUAAGGAUAGGAAAGGUUGUGAGAACCAAGUGGCUGAUCCCCUGUCGAGGUUGGAGGCUGAAAAGAAAGAGGAACUAGAGCUCGACAUAAAUAAUUCAUUCCUGGAUGAACAGGUAUUAGCCGGUACUUUUGAUCUUAUUCCUUGGUUUGCUGAUUUUGCUAACUAUCUCGUUAGUAAUUUGAUGCCUGAGGGACUGACAUAUCAACAAAGAAAGGGGUUCAUGUAUGAUGUGGUUUCUUUGCCUGAGAAUGAUGGCAAGAGUGUUGUUGGUUUUCUGAAGAAGAAUAUCUUCUCAAGGUUCGGCACAUCCAGAGCUAUUAUCAGUGAUGGUGGUUCCCAUUUCUGCAACAAGGUAUUCAGUGUGUUUUUGAUGAAAUAUGGGGUUAAAAAGCACAAGGUUGCAACACCUUAUCACCCGCAAAUCAGUGGACAAGUAGAGCUGUCCAAUAGGGAAAUAAAGGCGAUUAUGGCAAAAACAGUAAAUGCCAACAGGACAGAUUGGGCACGAAAGUUAGAUGAUUCUCUAUGGGCAUAUCAGACAGCUUUCAAGAUACCUACUGGUAUGUCUCCAUAUCAAUUGGUGUUUGGAAAGGCAUGUCAUUUGCCGGUUGAGCUUGAGCAUAAAGCAUUCUGGGCUCUAAAGAAACUGAAUCUCAGUUGGAGCGAAACAACAAGUCUGAGACUGGAUCAAAUUAAUGAGAUGGAGUAG